GGGAUGUUUGUUGUAAGCUUUCCCUAUGCUGUACUACAGGGUGGCUACUGGACAUUACUCGCAAUCAUAGUAGUAGCAUACAUAUGUUGUCAUACUGGGAAAAUUCUAGUGGAAUGCUUGUAUGAAGAAGACCAGUAUGGACAGAAAAUUCGUGUGCAUUGUUCAUAUGUGGAUAUUGCCAAUUUAGUGUUUGGACCUCGUUUUGGUGGUAGAAUAGUAAAUGUUGCGCAGAUGAUAGAAUUAUUAAUGACAUGUAUUCUUUACAUUCUUUUAUGCGGUGACCUAAUCAUCGGUUGCUUUCGUGAGAGUGAGAGCCCACUAGAUCUUUCUUAUUGGAUCAUGAUCAGUGCCGCGUUUCUGUUGCCAUGUGCAUUCCUUCAGACAUUAAAGAGUGUGUCUUGGUUUAGUUUUUGGUGUACAGUAGCACAUCUAGUUAUCAAUGCCAUAAUAUUGGUAUACUGUUUCUCUAGAAUCAACGAUUGGAAAUGGUCCGAAGUUCAAGUUAGCAUAAAUAUUUGGACCUUCCCAAUAUCUCUUGGUGUAGUUGUUUUCAGUUACACAUCACAAAUAUUUGUACCCACCUUAGAAGGAAAUCUGAUUGAUAGGCAGAAAUUCAACUGUAUGAUGCAUUGGACACAUUUUGCUGCCGCCGUUUUCAAAGCUUUAUUUGCCUACAUCGGAUUUCUAACGUUUGGAAAUAAUACCAAAGAAUUUAUUACCAAUAACUUGCCACGAAUUUUCAGAAUUGCCGUUAAUGUAUUUUUUGUACUGAAAGCUUUACUAUCGUAUCCACUGCCAUAUUUUGCUAGUGUCGAAUUACUCGCUGAAUCUUUCUUCAGAGGACGACCAAAGACAAUUUUUCCCGUGUGUAUAGACAACGAGAAGAGUUUGAAAAUAUGGGCUGUAAUCCUACGUCUCUUACUAGUCAUCUCUACAAUGUUAAUGGCAAUAUUUAUACCUCAUUUCUCUCUUUUAAUGGGACUGAUUGGAAGUUUUACCGGAACGAUGUUAUCCUUAAUAUGGCCAUGUUAUUUUCAUCUUUACCUUAAAGGAAGAACAAUGUCUUGGUAUGCGAAACUGUUUGAUAUAAUUAUUAUAAUACUAGGUCUGUUAUGCCUUGGCAUUGGGAUUUAUUAUUCCGGUAGCGCAUUGAUAAGAUCUUAUAGAGGUCUACCACCAGAUCCACACAAUCCGAGAAUACCUUACCAUAGCGGACAAUAG